AUGCCUCGUAUGGCAGAUCUCGCUCUCCAUGACUCCCCCGCCUACCAGCGCUACCUGGAAGGCGAACCAGAGAACCCGGGAACUGUCAAACGCUGGUCUGGUCUGAGACCUUUCGAACGGGAUGAGCAGGGGAGAAUUAUUCUUCCCCUGGGUGAGCGGUUCUGUCGCAUGCCUCACCGUGGAGGCGAUGGCAUCCAGCUCUGUAGCAAGGUGCACAUUCGCCUGGCGCACAAGGAGGUGAUUGCGCCCGCUCACAAGGGCGCCAGUCCCCAAGCUGAGAUUGACGACGCGAGCAAUUACUACACUCUCCUUGUUGCUCGACUUACUGGCGCCGAUGAUGGUGAGAGUGAAAUCAUCACCCCUCGCAAGGCCAGUGGUGAAAAUGAAGUUGUUUAA